AUGGUACACUCAGUCCUCCCCUUUCGAGACAUCAACCUCCAUGCGUCUCCUGCUCAUUAUGCUUUUACGUCGCCCUCGUCGCCCGAUGCUCCAACGCUCGUUGUUGAGCGUCCAACGGGCGAUUUGCGCCUAAACAGCGGCACAUUGUCUGGUGCUAAGCGCAUUUCCAGCAUCGCUGGUAUCCUUGGUAUCAUUAAGCUGAAGCUUGACAAGUACAUUAUUGUCAUUACCAAAGCUCAGCCUAUGGGGCGGUUGCGCGGCCACAUGGUCUACAAAGUCGCUGGUACUGAAUUUCUUCCUCUCCGCGAGCGCCCACUGCACGACCAUGACGAAGACACCUACUUGGCAAUGUUGAAGGAGUUGCUUCGAACCGGGCCUAUGUAUUUCUCCUACGCUUUGGACCUAACCAACAGCUUCCAGCGUCAGUCGCAGAGCGAUGCCAGCCUUCCGAUGUGGAAGCGAGCCGAUGAUCGCUUUUUCUGGAACCGGUUUAUUCAGUCCGACCUGAUUGACUUCAGUCUUGGAGAACAUAAUACAACAAGUGUCCGUUAUGGCCCGCAGCCGGGUGCUGACCCCUAUAUCCUCCCGGUCAUAUUCGGGAUGCUCCGUAUCACGCCCGCUAGGGUUAAGUCUACCACCUUCACUUUUGCACUUAUCACCCGCAGGUCGAGACACAGAGCUGGCACACGAUACUUCUCGCGCGGAAUUGACGAGCAAGGACACGUUUCGAACUACAACGAGACCGAACAAAUUGUAAUCCUGAAUGAUUCGACUGGUGGUCUGUCUGGGUUUGCUGGAGGACAGGCUAUGACCAAAGAAAAGUCUGCCGAUUUGGGCCAAGAUCCUCAAGUCAUGUCAUUCGUGCAGACGCGAGGUAGCGUCCCAGUCUUUUGGGCCGAAGUCAAUAACCUGAAAUAUACACCCAAACUUCAAGUGCGAGGGGUGGAAACUGCGGUCAAAUCAGCACGCAGACAUUUUGACGAGCAGAUCAGGCUCUAUGGCGACAACUACCUAGUCAACUUGGUAAAUCAAAAGGGAAGGGAAGAGCGCGUCAAGAGAGCUUACGAACAACUAGUUCGUGUGCUAGUGUCAUCAUCAAGCGAGGUGACUGAGGCAGAUGACGAAUCCUCAGAGAAGUUGCAUGUUUUAGAACCAGACGACCCGCAGAAGGAGAUGGACCGUCUUCAUUAUGUCUAUUUUGACUUCCACAAUGAAACAAAGGGCCUUAGAUGGCACCGCGCUGAGCUUCUGAUGGAUCGCCUCAUCACUGGUCUAUCUCAGGGCGGUUAUUUCCGCGGUGUCGAGAACCCAGGUGCUGCUAGUGGGCAGCUGGAGCCAAGAGCGCUACAAAGCAGCGUUGUCCGAACGAAUUGUAUGGACUGCCUGGAUCGUACAAACGUCGUCCAGAGUAUGCUUGGGCGUUGGGCGUUAACGAGACAGCUCACAGAAGCGGGAGUCCUACGCGGAGGGGAAGCUGCUAACGAUGAUCGCGAUUUCGAGAACUUGUUCCGUAAUAUAUGGGCAGAUAACGCCGAUGUUGUCUCCAAGGCGUAUUCCGGAACCGGUGCUUUGAAGACUGACUUCACUCGUACUGGCCAAAGAACCAGGGCCGGCAUGCUUCAGGAUCUAAACAAUUCGAUUACUCGAUACGUGCGGAACAACUUCCUUGACGGUCCUCGCCAGGAUGGUUUCGAUGUUUUCCUGGGAGCCUACCUCUGCCCUGAAUCCACUCUGGGAAAUCUUCAGAUUUUCGUCGACCGUCGGCCGCUCAUAAUCCAGUCUAUUCCAUACAUUCUUGCCGCGGGUCUCUUCAUGAUCAUCGUGGCCACAUUUACACGACGUCUUCCCGAUUCUACCGUUUGGCCCCUGCGGCUAUUCGUUAUUUUCUGGCUGAUACUCGCUGGGUGGUGUGCCCGCUUCAUGAUUACCCAUGGCAUGCUCUAUGUGAAUUGGCCCAAACUAAACACGCCUCCGGCUGGUGCGGAAGGCUACCAAGAUGCAUUGAUUAAGGCUCGUUCAGACCCUGUCAUUGGGCAAUUCCUUCCGUCCAGAAAACAUCAAAGAGGCUUAAGCAAUGCUCGUCUCGGUUUCCUGGAAGAAGGGAAAACGAGGGUUGAGUAA